AUGUCUUUGAGAUGCAGACAUGCGGUAAUUCUCCAAAGCAUGGAGAAGUUCUCAGUAGCCAGUCUGCAAGCGCUCGUAAUCAUCGCUUUCGAUAUCAUCGGCAGCGGUAGAGGGCCGUCCGCAUGGAGCGUGGUUGGUUCAAUGACUCGGACUGUCGAGCAACUGCGUCUCAGCGUAGAGGAUGGAGACGCUGGCGCAGGGAAAGACGCCCGAGAAUUCUUGAUCCGGCGUAUGUCUUUUCUCCGCGAGUCUAACAGCUGGAUCGAGUCGGAAGAGCGGAGGAGGGUCUUCUGGAAUGUCUUCCUCAUGGACAGGUUCUGCAGCGUCGCUACAGGUUGGAAUAACAGUCUGACCAGCGCCGACGUCCGCCGACGCCUGCCUUGCGAAGGCGCGAUCUGGCAAGCUGGAAACCCCGUUAGGACCCCCUACUUUGGCAUCGCUGAGCGGUCUUCGCCGUCCCAGCAUGUUCUGACUCCCACAAGCGAGCGUCAUCCAGCAGACGAAGAGGAAGUGGAGUCCAUUGGCGGCUUUGCUUUCUGCAUCGAAGCAACGGAGAGCCUGAAUCUGGUUACAGCCUUCUUCCUACAGCAUGCUAUCGACUUCAUCGAUCCUCAAGGCAUCCAGAUGUGGCUCAUGAGAUUUAAGGAAUUGGAUCUGCGGCUCGUUAAAUGGAGACUCUUUCUUCCACCAAAGUGGAGAAAUGCUUCAGUGCUUAACCAAGACGGCAUCAUGGACCCAAAUCUUACACUGGCACACAUCACCCACAAUACCGCCGUCAUCCAGCUUCAUCAAUGCGUGGCUUACCCCUCGCCGCAGUGGCGCGCGUGUCCCGUGUCGCUCCCCUCAGCAAACUCUGCGGAGACUUGUAUCACUGCAGCUUGCGAGGUUAGCACGAUAGCCCAACAAUUCCUCCACCUUAGUCCUGGAAUCACAAGUCCGCAGUUUUCAUUCUGCCUUUUCAUUGCGGGCCGCGUGCUUUUGGCUCAUUCGGCGUACAAUGGGACUGGACUUCAUCCUGCCUUCGACCCUGUUACGUCCUCGCUGACGGAGAUUGCUCGCCGAUGGACGGGCCGCCGAGAUCCAUCGUCUACGGGCAACGAGCUGCCGGUUAGUUCAGCGCCUUACCAAUACACCGAGUCCCCAGAGGAGCAGGAUGAGAACCUAGCCUCGAAGUUUAGUAAGCGCUUAGAGCAUGCCCGACGGAGAGUCGGAUCAGAACGUAAUAAUAGUCAAGAUCCCACUCUUGACAUACACCAACCGGUCUACUCGGAUCAGAUGGACCAGUGCCGGACCGGAAGCACUAUGCCCCGUGAUGCUGUAUCGAGUCCGAUCCAGCGCCAACAAGACAUAGACGGGGCAACAGUCGCGUUGGAUGGAAUGGACCAUUCUGAAACUGGGUACUCCCCAGACUCGAUCUCUUUGGCCUUUCCCCCUUUGCCUGUGUCUUUCGAACGGUUUCCGGAACAUGCCGAGGCCAUAGGCUCUCUCGGCUCUCAAUCCAGAGUGCACUUUGAAGAUGGCGACCUUCACCAUGGCGCGCAGAACGUGUCUAGUCAGCAAAGCCAUCCAAUGCUCAACGUGAAUCUCGAUGACAUGUUCGGCGAUCAGUAUCACCAAUUGCUACGAGUCAGCACUUUUGCCGACGCUCAUCAAACGUACGCGAACUAUAUCAGUUCCGAUGGGCAGGGUUUGUAA